UGCACUUCAUACGUGAGGCUCUGAGCGAUCAAGGCACGACUUCUAAAGAUCAAGACACAACAAACAACGUUCUCUGGUGCUUUUUGGAUCUAUUUUAAAAUCAGACCUAUCAACUGACAAGGAUGUCCUUAGUUGGAAACUUCCUGACUGACGAGCAGUUCCUGUGCUCAAUCUGCCUUGAUGUGUUCACCAACCCUUCGUCCACACCGUGUGGCCACAGCUUCUGCAUGGCCUGCAUCAACAGAUACUGGGACGGAUCUAAGGUUUGUCAGUGUCCUCUGUGUAAGAAGACCUUCCAGAAGCGACCAGAACUCCAGAUCAACAGGACACUGCGAGAGAUUACCGAUCAGUUCAGAUCUAUGACCGGAGGAGGAGUGGGGAGGGACAAGAGAGGGGGGAAAGGAGGAGGAGGAGGAGGAGGAAAAAACCAUUAUGUACUGGACAAUUUAUUUGAUGAACUGAAGAAAAAGCUGCCUCGACCUCCUCUAAAAACAUCAGCGACAAUAUCCUGUGAUACUCAAGCUAUGCCCAUCCUGACACCACCAGUCACAACCUCCCUGGCUUCUUCGGUACCAAAUGACAGUCCAAUCUCUGCCCAUACCAACCCCUUCGCACCGCUUCCACCGCCUCCCCAUUACUCCCGCUCCAAGGGCCGGAGAAGGUUCACCAUGAGUGGGGCUUUGAGCAGCUGCAGCCUCCCUGUCUGUGAUAUCCACAACAGAGGAUUAGUGAUUUACUGUCGGACUGACCAAGAAUCGAUCUGUCCUGAAUGUGAGCUCCACGACCAUGCGGGUCACGACACAGUUACUCUCGAAGCUGAAUGGAUGGAAACCAAGGGCCAGCUAAGUGUGUCGGAGCAGGAGAUCCAGGAGAUGAUCAAACAGCGAAUCAAGAAGAUCGAGAAGAUCAGACUGUCCGUGGCUGAUCUGGAUCUGGCAAUUGAGCAAGAGACGGCGGGCAGCGUGUGCCUGUUUUCUGAGCUGAUGUCUGUCAUCGAGCGCUCCCAGAGGGAGCUGAUGGAGGUGAUGGAGAUGAGCAGGAGGGCGGCCGAGCAUCAGGCCGACGCCCUGAUACGACAGCUGGAGCUGGAGGUUGAAGAACUGCGGAGGAGAGAAAGCGCCCUCGCCGAGCUCGCCCAAUCUGAUGACUACUUGCACUGUGUCAAGACAUUCCCCAUGCUCUCCAGCCCUCCACCUGCCAAAGACUGGUCUGGGGUGUCGGUGAACUCUGACCUGGGGACAAGGACCAUCUACAGGUCGCUAGCAGCAGUGAUGGAGAGGUUCCAGGAGGAGCUAAAGGUUAUCGCCGAAACAGGUUUUCCUGCCUCAACAUUGGAACCCUGUCCGAUCCGACCACAGCCCAGAAUAAAGAGAAUACAGGAGUAUGCAGUGGAUGUGACUCUGGACUGCAACACUGCCCAUCCCAGACUGAUUCUCUCAGAGGACAUGAAGAGUGUGAGGUGUGGAGAUCGACACCAGCUGGUUCCAGACAAUCCAGAGAGGUUUGACAGAGUCGUCUGUGUUGUUGGGAGGGAGGCUAUCUCCUCUGGGAAACACUACUGGGAGGUGGAUGUGGGCGGGAAGACGGACUGGGAUCUGGGCGUGGCCAGACAAUCAGUCAACAGGAAGGGGAAGAUUGAAGUUACUCCAAGCAACGGAUACUGGUUCCUCAGCCUGAGAGACAAGAACAAGUACGCCUUUCGCUCUGAGCCGUGCACUGACGUCCAGCUGAGCCUCAGACCCCAGAGGAUUGGGAUAUUUGUGGACUAUGAGAAAGGACAGGUGUCUUUCUACGACGUCGAUGCCAAAGUCCACAUCUACACAUUCAACGACACUUUCACUGAAUGCAUCUUCCCGUUCUUCAGCCCCUGUACUAAUAAAUCUGGGAAGAACGAUGGGCCGCUGAUUAUAGCGCCAGUCAACAUUACAUAGUGACAGACCGACCAGGAGCGUCUCUAGGAUUUGAAGACAUUGGGGGCUCAGCCCAGACCUCUGACAUGGGGGCAGGAUUUUAUU